AUGAUGGAGGUCCUGGUUGAAUGCGGUCAAUCAGCCCUCGGCCAUUUCGUUAUCUACGGACCGCAGAACACAAACGGGGAUGUUACUGAAGGCACCCAUUUUGUCCCUUUCAAGGAUCUGUUGCUAGCCGCGAGCAAGCGGGCCAAGGUGACACUUCCUUCUGAGCUUUUUUUGGCUCUGGAGAUCAGCGCAAUCGACCCGGAGGGCCUACACCACGACUGUGGGACUAAUACCCGUGCUGCAGUUUUAGGGACACAUCUUCCGUUCACCCCCGAGAUGAUGAAAGGCCUCCAGCAUGGACUCAUGGGCGAUGAGGAAGGCACGUGCUCCACCACCAGGGCUUCGACCUGCACUCAGUGGCUGUAG